ACACACAUACACUGUGCCUCCCAGGUAUAUUUCCUAACUUCUGAAGGAGGAAACAACAAUGGCGCCUUCAGUUCUGCAGAAUGGUGGAUUCAUUUUGGGCUUGAUCGGAGCAGCAGCCCUCAUCGCAGCUACUGCCAUGAACAAAUGGAGUGUCAAAGACAGGCAGGGGGAUGUGGUGACGUCUGUUUACACCUACAAGGGUCUGUGGCAGGACUGUGAGACCGCUUCCUCGGGAUUCACAGAGUGUCGCCCGCUCUAUGGCAUCCUGGGCUUCUCAGGUUCCUUCCAGGCUGUGCGAGCCCUGAUGAUAGUGGGCAUGGUGCUGAGUGUCCUCGGGGCGGUGAUAUCAGUUUUCUCCCUGACCUGCAUCACAAUGAUCAGCAUGGAAGACACCACCAAGGCCAAGAUGAGCCUCACCGCUGGCAUCAUGUUCAUCACCGCUGGUGUGUGUGGCAUUGCAGGAGCUUCUAUCUACGCCAGUCAGAUUGUGGCCAGUUUUAGGAUGUCCACCUACAACUACGGAGGAAACAUGAUGCAGGGAGGGAUGGGUGGAGGGUUCGGAGGAGGAAUGGGAGGAGGAAUGGGAGGAAUGCCCACAUACACAUUUGGCCCUGCACUGUUUGUAGCCUGGAUCGGAGGGGGGGUCCUGCUUAUUGGUGGCAUCCUGAAAUCACUGGCUUUCAAGGAAAUGGUGAAAGAUGAAAAACCACAUUACCCAGGGGUUGUUUACAAACCUCAGUCCCGCACCAAAACCGACCUGGGUGAUCACCAUUCAGAGGGCGGCAAGAAAGACCAGAAUUAUGUGUAACGUCAACUACAGCUGAAGCACCGACAUGAUUUGUGUUUGUUAAGGCGUGUGCUUUUGGCUUUUCACAUGCAGCAUGCUUUUUUUUCAGUUGCCUCAUAUACACAUUCAAUACUACAUCUUUACUAUCUGAUAAUGGAAGUCAAUAAUGUCUCACAUCCUAACAGCAGUCCAACAGCUGUAAUAAGAAAGCAAAAUAUUUAGUUUUCAUAUGCACAUCUCAGUGGUUACUAGAUAUUUAUAAAUGCUCAGAUGCUGUAUGUAAUUAAUUUUUUUUAACUUGAGUUCUGUUGAAUCAUUUUAUUUUAUGUUAACACUGAUUUGUGAAAUAUGCAAUAAAUGCAGUAAAUGACAA